CUAGGAAGCUUACAUUCAGGAACAUCAGUUCUUGUUGGCACAGCAAUUUGCAGCAGAACAACUUUAUCACGCCAUAGAGGGUUCUCCUCAAGAAACUUCUCAAAUGCAAGUAUCUUCUGUGGUAUUCCCUUAAUCAUAUCGAGACGAUCAACCCUAGCAUCACCUAUUAAAGAGUAG